GCAGAUAUUACAAUAUUUCCUCGCCCUCUUCCCCAUCCAAACGAAAGCAGAGCACAGAGAAAGCCAGAAAAACAAGCAAAGCUUAAGCACGGCCUGCUCCUCCUCUUCGUCCCUCCAUGUCGCUUUCGCUUCUCCUCGUCUAGGGUUUGGAUUCCUGAUCUGUCUGCCUUGUGGAUUUGAUCGGUCACUGCUUUUGCCUGGCGAUCGUAGCUUACUUGAGGCGAGGAGCGCUUUUGCUGGUCUGAGGAAGAAUGUCGGGUACGAUUCCGUGAGAUUAGGCGUCUUAUCGGAUAAUGUGGACGUUCGGACGUGGUGAUAACGCCGUCGUCGACUCUGGCCUUGACUGCGGAGCCGAGGACGUGACGGGGGAGAAUGGUGACAAACGGGCGGCAAUGGCGGUUCUUCCAUCAGUCAGACUCGAAUGCAGUAGGUCUCAUGGAGGCGGCGGUGGCCGGAGAGUCGCCUCAGCUGCCGUCUUGCCGGACGAAGAGGUGGAGGUAUUUGCUGGAAAGAUAGACGCGGAAGCUUCCCAUGGGUGGGGGAAGUACAUUCGUGCUGACGAGCGCACGCGCGAGGAAUCUAGGAGAGUGAAGAUCGCCGGGAAGGGCAAGUUCUUCGGGCCCUCCGGCGCGGCCUUGGAUUCCGAGCUUCGCUUCGGACAGAUGGAAGGCUUCCGAACCUUCACCAACGACUACUACGACGAGUGCGAUUACGGAUGCAAGUGGUAUGUCAACGGCGACUAUUACGAGGGUGAAUGGCGGCGCAACCUCCAGGAGGGUCAUGGCCGGUACGUCUGGCGGAGCGGCAACGAGUACGUUGGAGAAUGGAGGAAUGGCGCGAUCGCUGGCCGCGGGGCUCUCAUCUGGGCGAACGGCUACCGCUACGAAGGCUACUGGGAGAACGGCGAGCCUAAAGGGAGCGGCGUGUUCACUUGGCCGGACGGAAGCUUCUACGUCGGUAGUUGGAGCAAACCUGAAACAGCGACCACCAACGGCGGCCUCUGCCGUGCCGUCGCUGCCGGUUGCAAGGAGAUCGCCGGGAGAAGAAGCCCAUCCUUGCCUUUUGAAGAAGCAUUCAUGGUUCCAGCGUCAAGGAAGAGACCGUCGGCCGAUGGAAGAGUAGCGGAGUGUAGGAGCUCCACUACCGAGAAAAGCUUUCCCAAGAUCUGUAUCUGGGAGUCUGAAGGAGAAGCGGGGGACAUCACAUGCAACAUCGUGGACGCUAUCGAGGUCGCAAUGUUUUACCAGGAUGGUGGUCGUACUCCGAUCGGAAGCCUGCGACAGCGAAGCAUCCCGUGCCCGUCGUCAAGGAGGGAGGCAAAGAAGCCAGGCCAGACCAUAUUGAAAGGUCACAAGAACUACGAUCUGAUGUUGAACCUGCAAUUGGGCAUCAGAUACUCUGUGGGGAAGCCUGGUUCGCUAAGAGAACUCAGAGCUGGAGAUUUUGAUCCCAAGGAAAAAUUUUGGACGAGGUUUCCGCCUGAGGGAUCAAAGAAUACUCCUCCUCACCACUCCACUGAGUUCCGGUGGAAGGAUUAUUGCCCCAUGGUUUUCAGACACUUGAGGAUUUUAUUUGAUGUGGAUCCAGCAGAUUAUAUGCUAGCUAUAUGUGGAAAUGAUGCUUUGAGGGAAUUGUCUUCACCUGGUAAAAGUGGGAGUGUCUUUUACCUGACCCAAGAUGAUCGAUUCAUGAUUAAGACAGUAAAGAAAGCUGAAAUGAAGGUGCUUAUCAGGAUGCUGUUCAGUUACUACCAACAUUUACGUCAAUAUCAGAACUCACUAGUCACAAAGUUCUAUGGAGUGCAUUGUGUGAAGCCAAUUGGUGGCCAAAAGGUGCGUUUCAUUGUGAUGGGCAACUUAUUCUGUUCAGAUUACUACAUUCAUAGAAGAUUCGACCUGAAAGGUUCAUCACAUGGUCGAAUGACAGCCAAGGCUGAUGUUGAAAUCGAUGAAAUGACAAUCCUCAAGGAUCUUGAUCUCUACUAUGUUUUUCGCUUGCAUAGAUCUUGGCACCUAGAACUUAUUAAACAAAUCAAGCGGGACUGUGAAUUCCUUGAAGCAGAGAGGAUCAUGGAUUAUAGUCUCUUGUUGGGACUUCACUUUCGAGAUGACAUUUCAACAUCUUUGACAGGCCAAUCACCAUGUUUUGCUCCUCCAAAACCUUCUUGCCAGAGGUAUGCAUUUCAUGAUCGAGGGGAUUGGUCUGAAAUUUGGCUCUCAAAUUCAACCCCUCAAGAUCUGAAUCUGACUAUGGAUGGCCGGAAACCUUUGAUUCGACUAGGUUUGAACAUGCCUGCAAGGGCAGAGCACAUAUGGAGAAGCAAUGCUGAACCAUUUCUUGUUAGUGGAUUGGCAGAGUCAUCCUACAGUCGCAAGACGCAUGAUGUGAUUCUGUAUUUUGGGAUAAUAGAUAUUCUGCAGGGCUACGAUGUCACCAAGAAACUGGAGCAUGCCUACAAAUCUUUGAAGGUGGAUCCCAAUUCCAUCUCAGCAGUUGAUCCAACCCUUUAUUCACUGAGAUUCCAAGACUUCAUCAGGAGAAUUUUUGUGGAGGAUGACUAAUGCAAACAGAGAAAUGGGCAUAUAUAGGAGGGUGUUCGAUAACCAAAAACAUUUGUGUACAGGUGCUAUUUAUGAUACUGCUCAAAUAAAAACCAGUUAAGAUGCCACACAUUGAGACCAGAAGUACUUGUGAUACUAACAGAGCAGAGUAGGAAAACUGUUCUUCAGUUACAUGAAUGUUUCUCUUAAAAAUCUUAUGUUGAGUGUUAAAAUCUCAGUCGAAGAUUUUAGAAGAUUGCUAAUUGAAGUCAUUUAACUUCAAUACCAAUUCUUCAUGUACUCAAAUAUCUGUAGCUUGGAUCGGCCAACUUUAGAUGGCCCACCAAGCACAAUUCAGUCUGAAUGGUUCACAAGCAAUUAAUUUGACUGCACAACGGAGUUUAUCCACGGAAGAAGCUUGGUUUUACUACGGGGAGAUUUGGAUUCCACUAAUUUUCCUCUUUCUAUUUUUUGUUUCAGAUAAAAUGGAAAAAAGAUGCAUGGAAUAAUGAUCAUUGAACGUGUUUAUGCCGAACCUAAUUUUCCUUCUUACAUUAUCUAUUGUGCUCACUUGUUAUGGUAUUUCUCUUAUUGUGUUUUCCUGUGUACCUGAUAGUUUUCUCACAAUGUGCUCAUAUGUGAAGUGGUAAAGUGGAGGGAGAAUUGCAUCAAAAGUAGAGAAAAAGAAAGAACAAAUCGCAUUGCGUGUUUGGCAGCUACUUUAACACUGUUUCGUACGUCGAUGGUUUUGGAGAUGGAAGGAGGGAAAGAGACGAGACUGCAUCGAACAAGCCCAAGCCUACUGUUUCAACGCCAAUCCCAGUAGAGCUGUACAAGAAUGGAAGACCAAAAAUGUCUACUGCCUAUUUCCAUCCAUACUCGUACUUUUACAGCUUAUAUAGUCCGCCGUAGAACCAUGCACUCCGAUGUUCGCUGAGAUUCUCCUCUUAAAUCGGCUUCGGUCUUUUUGUACCUUUUUCAAGCUCAGGGGACUGUUCUUUGCAAUUGUGCUGUAACAGUGAGCUCUCUUGGAUACAGUGAAUAGGUUUUGUAGACUUUAGAUAAUGUUUUGAUGGCAUUCAUAGUCUAGGAAAGUUAGUAGAAAUUUGUGAGAUCUUAGUUGCAUAAUAGAAACAUGAAAACUUGGGGAUGCCCCACGUUAGAAAUUAAAUUUAAGAGUGGGAAAACUAAUUUUCUUUAAUUUAUUAAUAACACUGUGAUUCCCUUAAUUGGAUUUUGAUA